AGUCUGUUGCCUACCACUUGGGCCCACAUCUUCAGAGCUUAUGCCUCGGUGGGGGCAGCCCCACAGAGGCCUCCUUCGUGGCCCUGGUCCUGAGCUGCCCGGCCCUACGUAGCCUUGACCUCAGUGGCUGCAACAGCCUCUUCGCAUCAGGCAUGCUGCUAGCUCAGCCCGAGAUAGCACAGCGGGUCCAGCAGGCACUGAGCGGCCUCCUUGAGCUCAACCUGGCUGGCCUGCGGGAUCUGGCUGACCUCAGCUUCAACCGGCUCAGCAGCUGUACCCCCAGCCUUGAGCGCCUCUCCUUGGCCUACUGUUGCCUCACCUUCGAGCUAGUCCCAGCCCAGGGCUCCACCGGCCCCCAGGACUCCUCCCCCUCCCAUCUCUCCUUCCGCAACCUGCUGCGAUUCGUGAAGGAACGGGCUGGUAGGCUGCAUGCCCUUGACCUGAGUGGCACUGGCUUGCCACCCCAGGCCCUGCAGGCCCUGGGCCAGGUGGCCGGGCUACAGCUGCAGGAGCUGGGCCUGCACAGCUGCCGGGACCUCUCCACAGAUGCUGUGACUGCCCUUUGCCACCAGCAACCAGGCCUUACCUCCCUGGACCUCAGCGGCUGCUCAGAACUUUCUGACAGGGCACUCUUGGCCGUGAGCCGGGGCCUGCGGCACCUGCAGCACCUGAGCCUAAGGAAGCUGCAGCGGCUGACAGAUGCAGGAUGUACAGCCCUGGGGGGCCUGUGGGAGUUGCAGAGCCUUGACAUGGCUGAGUGCUGCUUAGUGAGCGGGCGGGAAUUGGCCCGGGCCCUGGGCUCAGUGCAUGGAGCUCCACCCCCACUGGCCUCCCUCAGCCUGGCCUACUGCUCCUCACUCAAGGAUGCCUCGGUGCUCUCCCUGAUUCCAUUGCUGGGCCCAAGCCUUAGGGUCCUAGACUUAUCCUCCUGUGUGGCCCUCACCAACCGGACCCUGCAGGCCAUCUGCAUCUAUCUCACCCACCUCUCAGUACUGUGCCUGGCCUGGUGCAAGGAGCUCCGGGACUGGGGGCUUCUGGGCCUUGGGGAACCAAGUGAGGAGCCAACACAGGGGCCCGAGCCACACCGAGAGCUGGAGCAUCAGGCCUUGGGACCCAAGGACCCUUCUCCCCAGCCACAGGGCUCCUCUCUGUUCAUGCUGCAGUCCUUGCAGGAGUUGGAUCUCACAGCCUGCAGCAAGCUGACUGAUGCCAGUCUGGCAAAGGUGCUCCAGUUCCCCCAGCUGAGGCAAUUGUCACUGAGCCUGUUGCCGGCACUCACAGACAAGGGCUUAGUGGCUGUGGCAAGGGGCUGCCCUAGCCUGGAGCGCUUGGCGCUGAGUCAUUGCAACCUCCUCAGUGACGACGGCUGGACUCAGGCAGCCAACUUCUGGCCGAGGCUGCAGCACCUCAACCUGUCCAGCUGCUGUCAGCUCACAGAGCAAACGCUGGAUACCAUUGGGCAGGCGUGCAAGCAGAUUCAGAUGUUAGAUGUCGCCAUGUGCCCUGGUAUUAGCAUGGCUGCCGUCAGGCGAUUCCAAGCCCAACUGCCCCAGGUGACCUGUGUCCAGUCCCGCUUCAUGGGAGGGGCUGACCUGACCUUAACACUCUGAGGCUGGUCAGUAAGCAGCCCUGUGGCUCAGCUUCCAUUUCCCAGCCCAGGGUUUUUGACCCGGAGUUUGACAGUGCCUCCUGUUUCCCUCUGCAACAUACCCGAGCCCUUUCCCCAAGCUAUAAACUAUUUUCUAGGGCCGAAGAAGGGACUAAUCCAGGGCAGCCUGGGGUGCUUUCUGCCCCACAGCCCAGCAAGAGCCUUUUUUCAUCUACAUGUUGCUGCCACAAGCCCCUGGAAAUACCAGCUCCUGCUCUCCUGGCCAAGCCUGAUUCCAGAGGCCCUAGGCCCACAGGUGGCUGGGUCUGCUGCUCAGGAGUAGACCUUGUGCCUCUGUCCUGCCCACUUCUCACACCUAAGGCCUGUGCUUCCCUACAGGCGUUCUCCCAGCCCCCUAUCAGCACUGAGCUUUAGCAGCCAAGCCACAGUCUUUGUUGUAAACCCAAACAAGAUUAAAAAUUUCAGAUUUUGCCUCUUUA